GCGCAGUCGCUUGCACAGUUGCGUUUCGAGCGGCUAUCGAGAUCGACGCGCGCCACGCCACACGCCUCGCGGUCGACGACUACCGGUGCGGUACACCCGAACGGCCCCAAACGGUGAAAUCGUUUUUCCGCGUGAACGCGAAACGUAACGGACGUCCGCGCGCGCGUUCUACGACUCGUCCGAACAGUAUUACGGUUUACGGGUUGGUGCGCGCGACGGGAAAUCCGUCACGAAGGGGUGCGAUCGCGUUCCGCCCGUCCGUCCACCGACCCCCGAAGGUUCUCGACCGACGUCCUCCGACCGUCACCGGAUCAUGGGCCGCAGGUUCCCGCUGCUCGCUUCGUGUCUGGGCUGUCCGCUCAAGACCGGAGCCAUCGUCAGCGGCGUCUACGGAAUAGUGAUCGCCAUUUUCACUCUGAUAAUUUUACUGACGUCCGAUAUCAAAAUACAGACCAUCGUCAUUGACUUUCUUCCGAAAUCCGUCGUGAAAAUCAUAGUGGCCAUUAAUCUGCUCAUGACAAUAUUGAUAUCAUCUUUGCUGUUGGCCGGAGUUUUCAUGAGAAAGAAAAUAUUGAUGCUUCCUUGGAUAGUGCUUACGAUUAUGCUAUGUAUUGGACUAAUCAUAUCUGUGAUAUACACGACCAUCGACUUCAUGAUACAUAAAUUCUACUUUGUCAGCAUUGCAGUGCUAGUUAUAGGCAUGCUGUGCGUCUGCGCUUACAUGUUCAUGUGGUGGGUGACAUAUAGCUAUUAUCAAAAAAUCAAAGAAGAGGAUAACCGGACUCCGUACACGAGAACCCCAUAUUACGGCUGAAAACUAUAACAAACACUUUAUUUUCUUUUAAUGACAAAUGUGUGUACAAUAAUCAUAUCAUGUUAAAUGCAAAUAUGAUUUUUCUUAACAUGAUCAAAACCAUAUAUUAUGAUUAACCAUGCAUACUGUGUACAAUAACAGUAUGUGUAUGUGUGUAUGUGUGUACAAGUUAACUAUUCAAUAGUUUAAAAAAUUUAUUUUCCAUGUGAAUUUGUAA